AAUUAUGUCAACCUUAAAUCGCAAUUGUACAUGUAUGUCAAAAGAAACAAAUAAUGGUGUAAUUAAGCUGCAAAAAACAGAAAUAAUCAAGGUACGUGGUCAUAGCAGAAAUGCUAGCGACUCCAGCCAAUUCAUCGAAGCCACCAAACGAGACGCUCUCAACAGAUUACAAAAAGAAUUAGAGAAAAUAGUCCAAAGCAGCGAACCUAGCAAAGUAGCAGAGAACAAAAAACAGUUAGAUGGCUUCACGAAACUAUUCACGAGGUUCCUCGAUGAAACAGGACCUUCAGUCAACUGGGAGAAGAUCGAGAAAUUGCCUGGAGAUGCUGUUAGAGAUUAUAAAACCUUAGAACAACCAACUUCAGACUUAGUGCACCAAAUGUUAAACAAACUGGUCGUGGUAAAGCUGAAUGGAGGUUUGGGUACCUCGAUGGGUUGCCAUGGACCCAAGUCUGUGAUUACUGUCAGAAAUGAUCUCACGUUUUUGGACUUGACAGUACAACAGAUUGAGACUCUUAACAAAACCUACAAAGUUAACGUUCCUCUAGUACUAAUGAACUCUUUCAACACGGAUGAUGACACAGAAAAAAUCAUAAGAAAAUACAGAAACUUGCAAGUAGAAAUUCACAUGUUCAACCAGUCGUGCUACCCUCGAGUCAACAGAGACUCACUUCUACCAGUUCCUAAAGAUGCCAAAGUAAACAACAAUUUGGAAGCCUGGUACCCUCCAGGUCACGGAGAUUUCUACAACAGCUUCCAAGACUCUGGACUAUUACAAAAGUUCUUAAAAGAAGGACGGGAGUACUGUUUCCUAUCGAAUAUUGAUAAUUUAGGAGCUACCGUAGAUUUAAGUAUUUUGAAUUUGUUACUCAACCCUAACCAAGAACAGGCACAACAUGAGUUUGUUAUGGAAGUAACCGAUAAGACUAGAGCUGAUGUUAAGGGUGGUACUCUAAUCCAAUAUGGAGGGAAAUUAAGACUGCUUGAAAUCGCACAAGUACCCAAAGAGCACGUAGACGAAUUCAAAUCUGUCAAAACCUUCAAAUUCUUCAAUACCAAUAACUUGUGGGUUAAAUUAGAUGCCAUCGACAGGGUACUCAAAGAAGAUUUGUUGAGCAUGGAAAUUAUCGUAAACAACAAAAGUUUAGACAACGGCCAAAACGUAAUCCAGCUGGAAACAGCUGUAGGUGCAGCCAUGAAAUCAUUCGAAGGUGGUAUCGGUAUCAACGUACCAAGAAGCAGAUUCUUGCCCGUCAAGAAAACGUCCGAUUUGUUCCUCGUCAUGAGUAACUUAUAUACUUUCAAAAACGGUUCAUUGACCAUGUCACCGCAGAGGAUGUUCCCUACUACACCUUUGGUAAAGUUGGGCGACAACCACUUCUCCAAAGUUCAGCAGUUCCUUGCCAGGUUCGCCAACAUUCCGGAUAUUUUGGAGUUGGACCAUCUGACGGUUUCUGGUGAUGUUACGUUUGGUAAAGGAGUAUCUUUAAGGGGCACAGUCAUCAUUAUUGCCAACCACGGUGACAGAAUCGACAUACCUGCCGGUGCCAUUUUGGAAAACAAAAUAGUUUCAGGAAAUAUGAGAAUAUUGGAUCAUUAAACAGCCAUAGAAAACGAGAGUACUUAAACGAUUUAGAACCUAUAAGAUUCUGAAUUAAGAUUGUUAUUUAAUGUCAUAAAAUAUUUAAAUGAGAUUGAAAAGAUUGAAGAACGACUUCUAAAAAUUUAUACUAUAUUUUUGUUGUUAUUUUUGGUAACUACUUUGUUAUGAACAUUGUUGUUUUUAUUUACAAUGCACAAAAUUUAUAUCUUAAAAAAUGUAUAUUUUCUCAUGUUUUGUUGUAUAAUAAAAAUCUCGUGAUGUG